AUGAUACAUGACAAACCCACUCGUUGGAAUUCGUCUUAUGACAUGGUGGAACGUUUUUUGGAGCAGCAGCAGGCUGUGUGUGCUGUGCUUGCUGAAGACCGGAAGAAAUGGCAUCAGAUGCCAAAAGACUCUGAUAUUACCAUUUUAGAAACUCCAGCCGUCAGAAUUCAGAAAUGCGUCUGUCUGCCUCAGUUUCAUUCAACAGAAGUAAGCCGGACUGUCACCACAACUGGUCUGCUGACACUGCUCGAGGAAAAGGCCCCUACAAUCUUGAGAGAACAUGAAGACACAAAGACAUUGUCAAUUUCUUUGAGAAAGUUACUUGUUAAAGUGGCUGUGAGUGACCUUGUAGAAAAGCAUGGAUUCUAUCCAUCUGGUACAGAAAAGCUGGCACUGGCAAAGGAGAUUGUGUCACUGUUCCCCUCAUUAAGGAUUAAUGUCCCAUUUGGCGAAAAUGAAGGACAUGAGCAUUUUUUUGAUGGGCCAUCACACAGUGGAUUUAUAGAAAUGAGACUACGGAACAUCAGACGGAAACUUCAACAGAGCCAGCGGAUCUACAAUUUGAAACGACGUCUUCCUACAGACCAACCUUCUCUGCCGAUUACUGAUGAAACAGUGCCCACUGAGUGGUUGACCUUGAUAAAGAGGAUGCGACCCUCUCCAGAGAACUCAUCGUCAAUAAAGACUGCAAUUGACCAAACCUUCAGUUACCGUAGAAGAUGGAUAACGAUCGAAAUCGCCAACUGUUGGUCAAAUCUUCAAGGAAUAUCCCAGAUUUCUGGACAUGCCAGCCUUGGUGGACAUUGAAUUUUCCAAGAUGACAGAUGGGAAAGAAGACAUGUUUAUCAAGAAAUGGGAGGGGACGAUUAUCCCAAAACUCAAGGAAAUAGCAUCCUUUGAGAAAAAAAAUGUACAUCAGACACUUAUUGGAGAAAGCUGACAAUCAGCAGGAUGGUACGGUUUUAUAUGAUUAAUGUUUUGAAAUGCUUAUUUUUUUAUCAACAGUAUUUUUUACAGAAUGAAUUCCAUGUUAAAACCAGAAAAAAUGCAAAAUAAACAGUAUGUGA